GUUUUGGAAACGUGCUGGAUUUGUGCCAGUUUAUCUAAGGCAGACACCAGGGGAUGAUGGGACCUAUAUCUUGUUUAUUAGAAUUUCCUGCAUCAUGCUGAAGAUACUGAAUGAAGAGGACUCUGAACAGGAGCCCUGGCUCACUGCCUUCUGGAAAGAUUUUAGGAGGCGGUUCCUAGCUCUGCUUUCCUACCAGUUCAGCACAUUCUCUCCCUCACUGGCAUUGAAUAUUCUACAGAACAAAAACAUCAGACAGCAGCCACAGCCACCCAUCAGCCGUGCUGAACUGGAGUCAGCUUUCAUCCCCUAUGACCUGAAGAGGUUAGAGAUGUACUCUCGCAACAUGGUGGACUAUCAUCUCAUCAUGGACAUGGUGCCUGCCAUUGCCAGGAUGUUCUUUCUCAACCAGCUGGGAGAUAUCUCUCUCUCUGCUGCACAGUCGGCCCUUUUUCUAGGGAUUGGCCUGCAGCAUAAAUCUCUGGACCAACUGGAGAAGGAGCUGGAGCUGCCCAGCAGUCAGUUGAUGGGUCUCUUCAACAGAAUCAUCCGCAAGGUAGUCCAGUUGUUCAACACAGUCCAGGAAAAAGCUGUGGAGGAGCAGAUGGUGGCAACAAAGGAUAUUGUGAUGGAGCCAACACUGAAAUCUUUAAAUGAUGAUUUGGAAGAAGCUGCAAAGGAGUUCCAAGAGAAACACAAGCAAGAAGUGGCAAAGCUGAAGGAAAUGAACCUUACACAAUACAUUAUCCGGGGUGAUGACGAAGAGUGGGAGCAGGUGCUGAGCAAAGCAGGACAGAACACUUCCAUUGUCAGCUUGAAAAGUGAGAAGAGAAAGUUAGAAACAGCAAGAGGACCAAAGCAACAGAAGAAAUUUAAGAGGACUAAAGAUAUAAAGCAGAAGCGGAAGAAAUGACUUUAAAGCCAAUCAGUGAACUUGAACUAACAAGGGAUGGGUCUGU